UUCUGGUUUAAAAUUAAAUAGUUCAAUCUCAGAAAAUGAUACUGAUAUAGAAUCAACUGUAAUAACUGAUAAAAAAUCUGAUAAUGAAUCAUCUACUUUAAUCAAUAACAAUAAUAAUAAUGAAAAUUCUAUUAAAACUUCCCCAUCAUCCAACAACUUAAUUAAUAUUGGAAAUAUUAAUAAAACUACUCCUGUAACUGAAAAUAAUAAAAAUAUUCUAUCCACUAGAAAAAAAUCAGAUAAAAUGAAUAAAAAAUUUAUUAAUGCAGUGGAAAAUGCAAAAAAUUCGCAAAAAAUAAUUUCGAAAAAUUUAGUUUCUCCACCAUCAACAACAAUAAGCAGUAAUAAUGUUGAAAGUACUUAUUCAAAUUUAAAUACAAAUUCAAAUGAUAAUUUAUCAUCUUUAGCACAAUCUAUAAUAACAUCUGCAGCACCUACUACAACGAUAUCUAAAACUAUAUCUGAAACUACUCUUAAUACUACGGAUACCAAUUUAAGCAAAAUAAUUAAAGAAGUUAUUAUACCUGAUUCUAUAUUAUAUAAAGAAGAAUCGAAUUCAAAAACAUUUUCGCCUCAUGAUUACAAUGAUGGAAUCAUUCAAUAUAAUACUAAACAUAUGAAAUAUGAGAAUAAUGAACAAAAGAAUCAAAUAAAAAAUGAUAAUAAUACAUUUUAUGAAUAUUAUGAUAUUACUUCAUCAUCAUCAUUAUCAACGAUGCCAUCGUUUCCACCACCUAACACAUUACGAAUAGAAUCAGAAACAACUGAAACUAAAUUAUAUGAAAGGGAAAAUGAUAACAGCUGUAAUAAUUUACCACCAUCAAAACCGAGACGUGAUAUUAUCGCUAUGCCAACAAUAACACCAACAGCCGCACUAUCAAAGCAUUUUCAAAAUAUUCAAGAUUCAAAACAAGAAAUGGAUAUUCAACCUUCUAGUAGUAAAACUGAUGAAUUACUAUUAUUGAAUAAUACAAAAAAUAUUAAUAAAACUGUUAAAACACCAUCAAUAAAACAUAAUAAAGAAUUUAAUACAAAUGAAAAUUCAUAUUUAAAAAAUGAUGAAUUCAUUGAAAAUAGAAAAUCAUUGAAAAAUAUGAACACUAUUCAAACAGAUGAUUUCAAUAAUAAUGAAUCAAUAACAGACGUAAUAAAUACAGAAGAGGAUUUCGAUGCAACAAGAAUGACACCAGAUAUCCCUAUAAUGUUAAUAUCUGAAAUAUCUUUAAUACCAUUAUUAACACCUAUUAUAAGUACAGCUACACUCAAUACUUCAAUAUCUUCUCAACAGUUUGCUAGUCAAAAUGCUGGUGAUGAUGAUGAUGAUUAUAAUGUAAAUAAUGAAAUGGAAAUAGAAUUACCGAAACCACCUUUAGAAAUAUUAUAUAAUUUACCAAAGGAUAAAUUUUCAGAUAUUGAAGACGAGUCUAUAACAAUAACUAGUUCAAGUAUUAAUAAAUACAAUACAGAAGAAUAUAGAGAUGCUAAUGAGAAAGCCAAAUAUAAAAUUUCAGAAAAUAAUUCAACAAAUUUAAAUGAUGAAAAUAAAAUAUCACCCGCUAUUGAUAUUAUUCAUAACAAACCAACACAUAAUUUUAAAUUACCUAGCGAUUUUCUACCAAUAUAUUUGCGUGAAAGUACGAAUUUAAUGGAAACUGUACGGGCAGUUCGGGCUUCUUCCUUUCCAAAAGAAAUAAAAAAUUUAUCAACAAAAACACAACUACAAGAUAACGAGAAAUUUUUAUCGCCUGAUCAAAUCAAUAACAAAUACAACAAUGAAGAUUUCGGACAACAAUCUCAAUCAGAUUUUCAUGAAAAUUUUAUUAUAUCAGAUGAACAAAUUUCAUCAUCAUUACCAUCAACAUUUGAAAAAUCAAAUAAAUAUAAUUCUAUUUAUAAUAAUGAAGUAACCGCAUCGAAUAUAAGAACAACAUUAUCAUCAAAUGGAAUAAAAGAAUCUCUCAUAUAUACUAAAAUACAAGGACCGACAUCAAUUACAGUUGACCAACCAAUACUACCAACAUCAAUGAAUAAAACAUUGUGUAAUAAAAUGAAUGAAAAUGUUAUUUGUGAUAGUAAAAAUAAAAUUUUCAAUAUAAAUAAUGAAAUAGUCUUAAAAACUGAUGAUGAAACUGAUAAAAUAAAUAAUAUAAAAUGUAUUCCUAAAUAUCAAUCAAAUAUAGAAAACAACAACAAUCAAGAAUAUGCUAAAAAAGAUAUUAUAAAUGAUGAUAUAAUUGAUGAAAAUUCCAAAAUUUAUUCAUUAAAUGAAAGCACUUCAUCAACUCUACAUGAAUCAAUAGGAAUAAAAGAAACACAUGACGCAAAUAAAAGUGAUUUUUCAAAAUGCCCAAUUAUUGUCACCAGGAAACCUAAUAAAAAUUUUAAAAGUAAUGAAAAUUCAAAUAUUGUUAAGUUAAUUACUGAUUCCAAUUUAAAGACUACAACAAUUAAUAAUACAUUAACAAAUUCAGAGAUUUUAACAAAAGAAUCAAAAUGCCUGACUACAUCCGAUAAAAAUAGCAACAAUGGAAAAAUCGGUGACAAUUCAAAUAAUGCAUGUGAAAUAAAUCAAUAUCAAAAAUUACCUACAUCAUUAUAUUCAGUAAAAUUUCAACAAUUAUCAUCAUCACCAAUAGUAUGUUCAUCAAACCGAGAAUCGGAAAUAAUAGAAGUACCAACAAAGAUAAAAUAUUCUUCUUCAUCUAAAAAUUUAAAUGAAAUUAUUACAUCAGAUCGACGACAAAUUAAUAAUAUCCCAAUCCCAAAUGAUUCAAAAAAUUUAAUUUCACAAAUUACAUUACCCAUGUUAACGCCGUCGUCAUUGUCAUUGUCAUAUUCAUCGCCACCAUCAUCAACGGAAACAUCAAUACCAAUUUUUGAAAAUAUAAAAUCAAAAGAAAUGCUGUUAUCGACGUCAACACAGCCACCAAAUAUUUUAUUACAAGGAACAAGGGUUCAACGUAAAGUUGUAACUUUUAAUAAUACAAAUUGUAAUACUAAUAAUGAUAAAAUAAAUUCGAAAAUGUUAAAUAAAGUUAAUUUUAUAAAAAUUGAAAAAGAUGAUGAUGAUAAAACAUUAUGCAUACCAACAUCAUUAUCAAUAUCGCAAGAGAAUAAUAAAAUAAAUUCUAAAGUAAAAGUUAUGGAACCGUCAUCAAAUAUGAAACACUCAAAAAUAAUGGACAUUGACUCUUCUAUUUAUACAACUGCAACAAUAUGUUCGCCUUCCUCUUCUUCUAUAUUUUCUUCUUCUUCUGCUACUGCCGCUGCUGCUGCUACCACAAAUCAACAAUCUCAUGAAAAUUUAGAAUUUUAUGAGCACAAGAAAUUACGUGAUGAAAAUUUAGUACAAUCUGCUUCAUCAUUAUCAACAUCAUCAUCAUCAUCAUCUACUUCUACUUCUUCUUAUUUAACUUCUACAAUAACAAAUGAUGAAAUUCAAAAUCAAGAAUCAAAUAUGAUUUUAAAUACGAAAAAGCAAAAACUUUUACAAGAGAUUCGUGAGCGAAACUACAAAAGUAAUUCUAUUACUAAUCACGAAAACAACAACAAAAAAUGUCAAAAUAAUACAAAGAAUUAUGAUAGUACUAAUACAAUUUCUUUUCCAAAAGAAAAUAUUUUAACUAAGGAAUAUGAUACAAGUCAUCAUUACCAACAUCAUCAUCGUAAUGAAAAUGAAGAUGAUAAUGAUAAUGAUAAAAUAAUCAUAUCAAAAUAUUCUGAAAAUGAAUUUAAUAAAAAUGAAAAUAAAAGUUUUAAAACUAAAAUUGUAGAUUCAACUAAAAAGGAUCAAGUUGAUAACACAAUACCCACAAGAAAGUUAUUUGAUAAUAAUAAAUUUGACAUAAGAAAUAAAAAUUAUAUUACAUACACUGAUGGUGAAUAUAUUUAUGUACCGAAAAAAGUUCCCAAAAAUUAUAUUGAAAUGGAUGAACAUAUUAGAGAAAUUAGUGAAUGUCAAAAUAUGACAGACAAUAAUGAAAAAACUUCUACUAUUGAAUAUAAUAAUAAUAAUAAUGACAAUAAUAUUAAUGAAAUUUCUAAAUUAUCACCAAAAAAAUCUUAUGUUAGAUCAAAAUCAGUACCAGAAGUUAUAUAUUCUCAAAAUGAUGACAUUGAAUCUAAAAAUAUUACAAAUUAUAAUAGUAUAUCAGCAGAUACAGAUUAUAAAUAUGAAAUUAUUGAAAAAUCAAUAGCUGAAGAUUUAAGGCGUAUUGAUGAAUUUAUUGAAACAUCAUUAUUAAAAUCAUCAUUAUCAUAUGAUGAUUAUUACAAUAAAUAUAUAACAAAAUCAUUAAAAACACCACCUAUACCACCACCAAGACGUCAUAGCAUAAAAUAUGAUACUAAUUAUAGUAGUAGUGAUAGUAAUAUUAAUAUAAAAAAUAAUAAAAUUUCUACAUUACCAAAUGCAAAUACAAUUUUAGUGCUUGAAACUCCUUUACCAAUUAUCAAACAAAUGUUUUUAACAACUAAUUCAGCUCUAAGAUCAAGAAGUAUAUCACCGAUAACAUUAACAACAUCAACACCAACAACAUUAGCAUUAACAGCAAAGUCAUUAGAUUAUGAAGAUAACAAAAAUUUUAUUACCUCUUCUAAUAUUUCUUCCAUUUAUUCAUCAUCUAUUUUAACAACAUCUACCACUUCUACUACUUCUUGUAAUAUUAAAUCUACUACUACUCAUCCAAUAUCUUCAACGAAUAAUAAUUUUCUAAAAAAUCUUGAAGAAAUUUAUGACCUCAAUAUUGAUAAAAAUAAGAAUAAUAAUGGAAAAACAUCAACAACAAUAAUCCCCUUACAAUGUUCUAUAUUAAAAUCUAAAGAUGUAGAAAAAAAUAUUCAUCCAACAAAUAUUAUGAGUACUGAAUCUUCUUUACUUAAUUCUUCUAUUUCUGCUAUUUCUUCUACUUCUCCACCACUUAGUACAUGUGAAAAAUUUAAUAAUACCAAUGCUUUUAAUAUCAAUAAUAAUGAUAUUGAUAACCUUAAUAUAAAUAAGAAAGAAAAAAAUAUAAUGAAUGAAAAAGAAAAUAUUGAUAAUAAUGGCUUAAAUGAGAUAAAAGAUAUUACCAGUAAUUCUUUAGUAUGUAAAGAUAACCUAAUAGAUUAUAAAGAACAACAACAGCAACAACAACAGCAAUAUAAUAUUAAAAAUACUUCAGAUUUAAUUUCACCACUACCAUCAUUUUCUAUAUCAUUAACACCCACCAAAAAUAUAAUAAUAUCAUUGUUAUCAUCAUCUACUUCUACCUCAUCAUCUACUUCUUCUUCCAUUUUUACUACUUCUACUAAUUACAAUAAUAAAACCGGUUAUAGUGUAAUAGUUAAUCAAAUGGAAAAUAUGCCAGUGGUUGAAAAUGUAUUAAUCGAUUUGGAUAAUAUAUCCAGGGAAUUGGAUAAUAGCUUUAAUAAUAAUAUUAAUAAUAAUGAUAAUAAUAAUAGUAAUGAUGAUAUUAAUAAUCAAAUAACUAAAAAUAUUAUAAUUCCUUCUAAUAAUAACAAAUGUGAAAGUAUUGAAUUUCAUUCUAAUUUACUAUAUAAAAAUAAAAUGGAAAAGGAGACAAAAGAUAUUGAAAUAUUCAAGGAAAAUCCAUUACAAUCAACAAUAUAUUCUAAUUAUAAGGAUAUGGAUAACAAAUUACUUGGUUUACAGUAUAAUAAACAUGAUAUAAAAUCAUUUAACGUAAAUAAUUUAGAGUAUAAAACAGAUUGUGAUAAAUCAGAUUCACAAUUACAAGAAUCAUAUUAUAAAUCCCAAAUGGAUAAUUCUAUCUUAGGAAAGUAUAUAUUACCAACGGUAACACAAACAACAGAAUCAUCACAAACAACGUCAUCAACAAUUGGAAUUGAAGAAAUUAAUUCGAAAAAUAAUAUUGAAAAAAAUCUGAAGGAAAAUCAAAAUUUAUUAGAUGAUAAUGAAAAUAAUUUCAUUUAUGAUGAUAAUGAAUAUAGUUUAACUAAAUCAAAUUAUGGAUUAAAUAAAAUUUCUCAAAUGUAUGGGAAAAUUAGUGAUCCUGAUGGUACCGAUGAUUAUGAUUUAUAUAAAAUUGUUGAAAGUAAAAAUAUUUUAUAUGAUUAUAUAAUAACAAAACAAAAUCAAGAGGAUCUUUUAAAAAGAGCUGAAGCUAUAAUUAAAUUAGAUGAAAAUGACUCUUCUAAAGAUGGAAUUGAAACCGGUGAAAUCCCGGCAAUAAGUGAUAUUGAAAAUAAAAAUAGAGAAAUAUCACAACCUGAAAAUCUUAAUUCAGAAAAAAUGGAAAAUCAUCAACAUCAAAAUAAAAUCAAAAAGCCAAAUCAACAGAAGGUGGUAAAGCAACAAAAAGAGAAAAUAAUACAAGAUACAACAAUACAAAAAAACCAACAUAAACUUAAUUUAGUUGAAUCAACAAAUUCUAAUGAAUUAACAUUUAGUGAUUAUCUUACUGGUACUACUACUACUGUUACUGAUAGUGAUAAAAAUAUAAAUGAAAAUGUUAUAGCUAAUUCUAAAGAAAUAACAAAGACAUCAGCAUCAUCAUUAUUGUCAUCGUCAUCAAAAAUAUUAGAAGAGACAACAGAAAUGAAAACAAAAUCAUCAACAUCAUUAUCGUCAUAUAACAAAAUAAUGAACUAUACUGAUGAUAGUUAUAGGGGUAAUAUUCAAAUUGAUGAUAAUUAUAGUAAAAAUAACAUAAAAACUGAAGAAAUAACAACAACAAAUGCAGAUACAAAAGUAACAUCAGCAUCCACAAUUAGUUCCUCUAAUAAAGAAAAUUUAAAUGAAAAAUUGUUAAAUCAACUUACUACAACUAAAUUAGAUUUUGGUCAUGAACAAAACAAUAAUAUUUCUAUGGAAAAUAUUUCAAGUACUGAUGCCAUUCAAAUUGAUGAUAAAAGAAUGGAAAAUAUUCGCUAUUAUAAAAUGUACGCUGAAUAUCAACCAACACUAAUAAAAGGCAACAAAAAUAAUUAUGAUAAUAAUGAAAAUAAAAUUGUAUGUCAAAAUCAGGAACAAGAACAAAAACAACAGCAACAAGAACAAAAAUUACAAUAUAGUAAACAACAGGAGCACCAUCAAAAUUUCUCUGAACAAAAUGACACAACUUUCGGUAAUAUUAGUAGUGAUUCUAAAAAUAAUUACAGUGAAGAUAAUUAUCAUACUUUAAGUUCAUAUAAGAGUGAGAAAAUUGACAAGAAAAAUAAAAAUAUUAAAAUAAACAUUAAAAAUGAAAAUGUUUGUAUUAAAGAAAAAAAGUCGACUGAAAUUGACACUGAUGAUUUUGAAAUUAUGGAAUCAAGUGCAAGUAUACAAUUAUCAACACCAUCAACACCUGCAACUCCAUCAAUAAUGACACCAUUUAAAUUGCCAAAAGUAUUAGUAACACCAUCAUCGCUUGAUAUCAACGAAAAUGAAACUGAUAUACCAUUCCCAUCACCAACAUCAUCUAUAUACGAUAAUAUUGAUUAUAGUAAUCAAUCUAUUAAAAAUCAUGAUAAAAAAAAAAUUUCUAAACGUCAAAUUGGAGGCAAAUCAAACAUUAUUUCAAAAAAUACUCCAGCGCCAGUCCAAACUUCAUCAACAAAUACAACAUCCUGCGAACAAAAUAAACAAGCAAAGGUUCAAUGUAACAAAGAACAAGGUGAUUCAAAUGAUAUUAAUAAAAUAAAGGACGAACAGAUUUUGACAAAUGAUGAAAUUUUAGCAUUAGAAGAAUUUGAACGUUUACAUCAUAUACAACAACAAAAUCUAAAAAAAUUACAAAAUGAAAUUAUAUUUAGUAAAAUUAAUGUUACAACUGAUAGCGAUUCAAAUGAAAGUUCAUUAAAUAAAAAUGAAAUAAGUAAUCAAAAUGAACAAAAUAAAUUAGUAUUAGACCAGGAACAAAUGGAAUCGAAACAAUUAAUUUCAAAUCAAAAACAAUUACAAAAAGAAGAAGAACAAAUUGAUGUAAGAAGUUUUGAAACCAAAAAUAAUAAUGUUAACCAAAUCGAUGACCAAAAAAAUCAACAACAUGAAUAUUACAAGCAAAAUUCAAUCGAUAUUGCCAACAUAACCGCUACUACUACUACUGCUACUACUACCGUAAUUACCAAUGGUGCCACAAUCAAUUCAACAGCAAACGUAAAUGAAAAUUAUUUAAAAACCGAAUUAUAUCCAGAACAAUAUAAUCAACAAAUUGAAAAUAUAUCCGCUCUUAAUAUCAACGAUAAUGAAAAAUUAAAAGAAUAUAAUUAUAAUAAAAAUAAAAAUAUCGAAAAUUUAACAUUGAAUGAUAAAAAUUUGCCACCAAAAUCCAAUAAUACGCAACAACAAAACUUUACCAUUCAAAAUAAUGAUGUUAUUGGUGAUAUUGAUGGUAAUGAACAUAAAACAAAUAUGAUUAUUUUAAAUCAGAAUAUGUCAUCAAACCAAUAUACUAGUAAUAUUUCUGAAAAUUUAAUAAUCGAAAAUUUGAAAUCGGAAGAAUUUAAAAAACCACAUGAAAUUAAACAACAAACAGAAGAAAAUUACCAAAAUAAAAGCCAAGGGCAAACUAAAAAUCUUCAAAAAAAUGAAGAAUUUCAAUAUCAGGAUCAUAUACAAAAACAACAAGAAAAGCGACAAAUACAUUUAGAAUCUAGUAAUGAAAUAAUUGAUAUUUGUAAUAAUAAUAAAAUAAUAACAAAAUCACAACAAAAACAAACACAAAAAGAACGUCAAUUACGACAUGAAAAACGUUGGUCACAGGAAACAACGAAUCAAACUUCCGAUAUUAAUAAGAAAACAAUAGAAAUAAGUGAUAAUAGCCAUAAUAGUUUAUUACAAAAAGUAUUAGAAUUAAAAGAAAUCAAUAACGAAAGAUUGGAUCAAAUUGCUGAAUUAUCUAAAAAUAUUUCUACAAUAACAUCAUCAUCAACGGAAAUUGGAACAGCAUCAAUUGAACACACCCCACCUCAUACACCAACAAUAAUAUUAUCUACUUCUAAGAAACAAAAAUAUCAAGUUGACGAACUUCCACCGCAAUCCAAAGUUUCUGAUCCUAUUCAACAAAAUAAUAUUCAAAACAUUGUUAGUAACAACACUGAAGAAAAGCAAAAAGAUUAUAAUUUGAAAAGUGCUCAUAAUGCUAAUGAACACACAACCAGUGAUAAUUAUAAUAAUGUAAAUACUAGUGAAGAUUGCAGCGGUAGUCGUAGUACCAGUAAACAAUAUAUAUCAAAAAAAUUCUUUAAAAUUCGUAGCUUUUCACAACCUCCACCACUCGAAUAUUUUCAAUCUUAUAGUCCUGAUGAAGUUACAAUUGUACGAAAUUUUAUUGAAGCUGUCGAUGAAGCUACUAUUCGUAAUAAUUCAGCAAUUAAUACACAAUAUGAUUAUAAUAUAGAAAAUUUUAAAAAUUUUUUAUCAUCAAAUCAUAAUCAAAAAACUGAUUUUUCUUCUCUUGAUCAGACAUCAAAUGAUUUACAGACAGAAACUAAAAAUAAUCAUAAAAUAGAAAAUAAAUUUGAAGAAAUGAAUUCUUCUAUUACAACUAACACUACUACUACUGCUACUACUAUUACUAAUACUUCUUCUAAUUCCACUAAUACUCCUGAUGAUUAUAAUGAUAAUAAAUUCAUUGAUAAUAAUGAUAUUACUCAUGAUGUCAAAAUUAAUUCUAUUGAUAGUAAUACUCAAUCUGAAAAAUAUAAAGAACAGCAAUUGAAAAAAUCUGAUAACAAUAUUUUAGUCAAAGAUACUGAAAAUAGUCAGAAAGAUGAGAUCAAUGAAGAUUUUCAUUUUGAGAAUUUUAAUGAUGAAAAGACUAUGAUUUUAGAAAAUAACCAUGAACAAUUACACCGACGUUAUGAUUUUUAUAGUAGUGAUCCUAGUUUAUUUUUAAAAGAUGAUGAUAUUGAUGAGAAAGGACAAUUAUUGAUACCAAAACAAAAGCAAUAUGAAAAGGAUAAUAUUGAGGAUAAACAAUUGGAUGAUGAAGAAGGAUACAAACGUGUUGCUUGGCCUCCGACCCCUGAGCGAAAAAUUAUAAGAGAAUUUACUCCUCAACCUCAAUCUCAAGGAGAUAUAAAUCAGGGUUCUCCCUAUUUGAAUAAUACACCCGAUACAAAUCAUUUACCGCAUCAGCCAUCACAAAAUCGUUAUUUAUCUCCCCAACCUCAAUCCCAACAACAAAAACCGUCAUAUCAAUCACAACCACAACAACAACAGCCAGCAUAUCUUAGCCAACAAAAUCCACCACAACAAUCUCAACAAUAUCCCGGUCAACAAUAUUUCCCAAAACAACAACAACAACAACAUCAACCACCAUCUUCAAACCCUUCAGCUCAUCAAUCCCAUCCACAACAAAAUUCUUAUCCCACCCAUAAUCCUCAACAAGAACAACACCAACAACAACCUAAUCCAAUGAAUCAAUCGGGUCCAACUGUUGGAUUUGCUGGAGGUAUUCCAGUUAAAUCAAUACCUGGUUUAUCUCCAAAUGAACCCGCCCAACAGCAAUACCAACAAAAUUAUAAUCCGCAAUCUCCUUCACAACAACAAGCUCAACCAAUUUAUCAAGCUCAACAUCAAAGAUAUCAGCAACCAGAACAAAAUUCGGCACCAUCCUAUUACCAACAACCAAAUCAAUCCUAUCCACAACAACAAUAUCAAAAUCAAGUCCCACAACAAUAUUCACAGAAUCCACCAAAUUCCUAUGGGGGCUGGUCACAUGUAUCAGCUCCAAAAUAUAAUCGUCAACCAGAGCAACAACAGCAACAACAACCUGUAUAUGCUCCUAGCCAUCAGCAAUAUAACCAACCACAACAACAACAACAACAAUACCCACCAAAUUAUUCUUCGGCUCCUGUUUCCCAAUUUGGACAGAGUCAGGGACAACAGUAUCCAUCACAACAACAACAACAAUAUCAUAAUCAACCGUCUCAUUAUCAAACACAAAAUCAAAAUCAUGUUGAUCAAAAUAAUGCUCAUCCGCAAUAUCAACAACAACAUCAACCUGAUUCACAAUCUUAUAUACCUCAACAAUAUUACAAUUCACAGGGUGGUCAACAAGGUGGUGCCGGCCAAGGUGGUCAACCACAAUACCAACAACAACAACAAUUACAAAAUCAUGAUCAACAGCAACCACAUCCUGGUAUGGUAACAUUACGUAAAGAUCCACCAUAUACCCAAAAACCAGCUCCAACUGUUGUAUCCCAACCAGCAGCCAAAAGUCUACGAGGCGGCUCCCUUAUGCGUGGCGAUCUGAAAUGGCCACCACAAGAUUGUAGAGAACGCAUGGCAGCUGAAGCAGAGUUGCAAAGGCAAUUGGAACUUGGACCAGCAAAUCGUCCAAUUAGAAUGGCAAAGGAUUAUUCUGGAUUCUUUGCCAAACAUGCACUAUCUCAUUAUUAUCCAGGAUAUAAAAUACCGCCAGGAACUCAACAUAUCUAUGUAGAAUUUUGAAA